GUCAAAGAAUUUUGUUUUAUUGCAGGAGAAUUGGAAACUUCAAUGUCACUUGUUUUUCUGAAUUUUCUGUCAAGGCUCUUCUUCUUCAUCGCCCAUUCCAUUCCAGUCAACACGGGGCAGGGCUAAACCGAGCCAACCAACCAGCAAGCCCAAAGCUUUCUUCCAACCCUCCUCUUCUCUCUCUUUCUCUAUCCCGGGGGACGAAGAAGAAGAACCCUAAUUUCUGUUUCCCCCAAAUCCCUCGACAACUCCACCUUCCUUAUCGUCGAUAGUGCCAACCAAUUCAAUCCCAGAUCAAGGAGGGGGAAGGGGGAAACAGUGGGGGAACAAUGUCGUCGGAGAUCGAAGUAGUGGAGGAGGAGGUUGUUCAUCCCGGUGAUCACGGGGUAAACAACGGGAUUGCGGCUUCUGCCAGCGGCGGCGAGAAUGCUGUCGGCGACGAGAGCCUUAGGAACGACGUUUACACCGCGGCCGCGUAUGGGGAUUUGGAGAAGCUCCAGAGAUUAGUGGAGAGUGAGGGUUGCUCCGUCUCCGAGCCCGACGGGCUUGGAUACUAUGCUCUGCAGUGGGCUGCUUUGAAUAAUAGGACAGCUGCCGCUCAGUACAUAAUCGAGCAUGGAGGAGAUGUAAAUGCAGCAGAUCACACGGGUCAGACAGCACUACAUUGGAGUGCAGUUCGGGGUGCAAUCCAAGUUGCCGAACUUUUACUUCAAGAGGGUGCCCGCGUAAAUGCAGCUGAUAUGUACGGUUAUCAGACUACACAUGUUGCAGCUCAAUAUGGUCAGACAGCUUUCUUGUAUCAUGUCGUCUCAAAAUGGAACGCGGAUCCUGAUCUUCCAGAUCAUGAUGGAAGAAGCCCCUUACACUGGGCUGCUUAUAAGGGUUUUGCCGAUUGUAUACGUCUGUUGUUAUUUCUGGAUGCAUACAGGGGACGACAAGAUAAAGAGGGUUGUACACCGCUUCACUGGGCUGCAAUUAGGGGUAACUUGGAGGCAUGCACAGUGUUGGUACAAGCUGGCAAGAAGGAGGACUUGGUAAUCACAGAUAACACGGGGCUGACUCCAGCUCAACUUGCUUCUGACAAGAAUCACAGACAAGUUGCAUUUUUCCUUGGAAACGCUAGAAGGCUGCUUGAUAGACGCUGUGAUGGUGCCACCCACUUGGGACGUCUGUCAAAGUUGGGACUUGCUCCUGUGCUUUGGUGUAUAAUAAUUAUUCUCCAGAUCAUCUAUAUACAUUCUGUCAUCAUGGCUCCAAAUCUGCCCAAGUUAACAGCUGGCUUUGGCCUAUUUGCAUGGCUAGGGGUAUUUCUUGCAACCAGUGGGCUUGUGAUGUUUUACAGGUGUAGCAGGAAGGAUCCUGGAUAUAUAAGAAUGAAUGUGCCUGAUCCACAAAACAUGAAAGAUGAUGAACCUCUUUUGAAGAUCGAGAUAAACAAUCCUGCUUUGCUUUCUGGGAAUUGGUCUCAGCUUUGCGCAACGUGCAAGAUUGUAAGACCUCUUCGUGCGAAACACUGUUCCACAUGUGAUCGUUGUGUCGAACAAUUUGACCAUCAUUGCCCGUGGGUAUCAAAUUGCAUAGGCAAGAAAAACAAGUGGGAUUUCUUCUUGUUUCUCAUUUUGGAAGUCUCUGCAAUGCUGAUAACUGGUGGCGUGGCUCUCACAAGAAUUGUUAGCGAUCAAACGGCUCCUUCAACAUUCGGAGGCUGGUUAAACUAUGCAGGCACGCAUCACGUUGGCGCCAUAUCUUUCCUGAUGGUCGAUUUCUUCCUCUUCUUCGGCGUAGCUGUUCUAACCGUCGUCCAAGCUUCUCAGAUAUCCCGCAACAUAACAACCAACGAGAUGGCAAACACAAUGCGGUACAGCUACCUGAGAGGCCCUACUGGUCGGUUCAGGAACCCAUACGACCACGGAUGCAGAAAGAACUGCGUGGAUUUCUUGAUCUCGGGGUACAACACGGACGUGGAGUUCGUCGAAGACUCCUCCCAAGAAGGGAUCGGAAUGAUGCACAUGUCUCGACACAACACGACCACCCUCCAGAAUGGCGACGCCCCCCAGAUCCCACACCAUGCCUCCGCCAAUGGCAACAGCAGCAGCGGGCAUAUCGCAAUCAAUGUGAACAACCGGGAGAGCAAAGGUCAGCAGCACCAUGUUCAUUCCUCCAACUGCAGCCAUAGUAGUAGUAGCAGUAGUAGCAGCAGCAACCAGGGGAAAUCUAAGACGGAGAAAGUGCCGUUGGGUUUAGGUCUCGGUCUCGGUCGGAACGGUAGCCGUAGCGUGGCAGGCCCCUGAUGAUUUCUUACUCACUACUUACAGUUUGCAUCCAUUGUCUGGUUGUCUUUUUUUGAUUAAUUUAGAUUUCUCUGUUGAGUGGAUGCAGAUUUGUCUGUACCAUAGAGAAAAAAAGGGGAACGCCUCUGUUGUUUCAGCUGUGUUCUUACAAUUCAAUUGGUUGUUGCUCCCUUUGCUUGUACAGCAUUGGCUUUGCCAUGAUCCACAUCAUUUCCUGAACCUGAAUGAGGCGGCGCGAGAACCAGUGCCCUGCUGCAUCCAGUACCCACCAUUACCAUUGAGAUCCCCAUUCUUGUUGCAGAUGCCUAUUAAAUUCUUGUUGCAGAUGCCUAUCUGUUAGUUGUAGCAUGCACCUUACCAUUGAGUAGCAUGCAGCACAGUAGGUUGGAACUUUGAAUUCAGGGCAUAACUGAAUUUGAUCAAAUGAAAUGAAUCGAAUUCAAUUCACACACGGUACAGCUCAAAUCUCAACUGCCGCCAUUUGAGGCAAGCGAGAUCCCAAUUCCAAAUAAAAAAGAUUCAUUUUUUCCUUCCUAGUAAACCUGAAUAUUAAUUCGAAUUGAUUGCUACAUAGUACGAUUUCGAUCGGUCAAUCAUAAAUGCUGAAAAACUAUCUACAUAGUUCGCUAUUCUAUUCUACUAGUUGUAAGCUGGCCCGUCGGCCAGAUAAAUUAUGGUAGGGUUUUGCUUUUGGGAAGUAGUAUUGUUUGAUGUUUUUUUCCAAGUGUGUUUAGCUUGGCCUUGGUGGAUUAAAGAAUCAGACCAAAGCAGGAUGUUGAGUUCUACAUUUUUGCUCAACAGUGACUUCGAGCAAAGUGCAAAACCAAGGUCGUCGUAGGGGGAAAGAAGCAAAAUUAGCUGCAUGCAGAAGAAGGCUCAGUUUUGGGUCAAAAAAAGGAUAAUUAAUUAGCCUUUGUAACUAUCGUUUUCCCAUAUUUAAAAUAUCAUAGUGGCCACUGACUUGUGUUUUCUCAUGUUGGGCUUUAGAAGUCCGCAUUGGUAACCCAACCUUGUAAGUUGUAACCUUUUCGUCGAAAUAGAAGCGAAAAACCAAACUUCUAAACUUUCUACAUAACACAAACGCAAACAAAAUUCUGAAUCGUAUUUGAUACGUUUCGUAACUGGAUUUCUUUAUAUGAUUAGAGAGUGAGAGAAGAGAGCAUCAAUCGCCGAUUAAAGACUGAAUGAAGAGGUGAGCAUUGGUAUUGAAAUGGAGGAUAAAGAGAAGGGAAGGCAUUUUUGCAUGGCAGAGUCUUUGGAAUGAAGGUCUCGGAUGGUGGAAGUAGGAGAAGCAAAAAGAGGAAUCACAAUACAUAAAGUUGUAUGCGCCAUUAACAAUCUUGUACCUUGUUCUGGAGUGUAACAGAAAAGGUUAAGUAACAAAGGUAACGACCUUUGUGGACGUAAGAGCCUGUUAAUAACAAAGAUAACAUUAACUUGUAUUAAUCAAAAUCCAUUAAUACACAGAUGAUUCUACCAUAUGGAUACAAAAGCUAUUUGUUUAACCUCUACUCAAUUAGUUCUUAAAGGUAUCCACAAAUAUAUGUUGACAUGGGGAAAAAAGGGAGGUCUCUUAAAGAAGAUAAUUCACAGUGCAUGAAUCCUUAUGAAGCAGUAAACAAACUAUGUUCAAUGUUAUAGAAAUAAAAAUACAUGAGUCUAAUGUUCUAAUCAUCAUUAUCAUCACUUGCUGAAUCCACAUUCUUCUAUUUAGCAUGGUAAAGGAAACAGUACCGGAAGUCAUACCGGAUCCGUCUGUGGUAUGGUAUUUUGUGGUACGACCGUGGUUCAACCGUUGUGUACCGGUAAACUACCGUUUUUGUAAUUAAAAAAAAUAUUUUUGUUAAAAAACCGUACCGUCAGAUUCAUGAUACCAUUUCGGAUUAACACCGGAAUAAAUGGGGAAUAUACCA